AUGCCCCGCACAUACGGCAAAGCGAAACAAACUCGGCUUUCCUUCGCGCCGAUAGCCUUACCGACCGAUGACGAUGAAAAUGACGAAAUGGCGCGCGAGGCGACUUUGAAAUAUGGGCAUCCGUCCAGGCCUACGGUUCCGGCUACGCGCUCGAAAGUGAAUAUGGGUUCUGCGCGCAAGGCUUCUCCUGAUCCGUUUGUGGUGGAUAAGUCUACAGAGAACGGUGAGGUUCCGACAGAUGAGUCUCGGAAACCUCGGCGCAAGAAGGACAAGAAAGCGAAAGAGGCGGAGAAGGAGAAGGUGAAAGACGAAGUGAAGGUGAAGGAGAAAAGUGAGAAAGGCGAUAAGAAAAAGGACAAGAAAAAGAAGCGGAGGGAAAAGAAGGAAAAAAAGAGCCGCAAUCCUUCUCCGCCCCCAAGUGAAACGCCCGAAGUUAUAUCCCCGGCCAAAGAAAGCAGCGAUAGCGACCUGGAGAUACAAUCAAGCGUGCGCAAAAACAGAGCCGUCAAGCGGAAAAGGUCGCCUUCCCCGGAAAGUUCGAGCCCUCAAUCUCCGACCCGUGCGGGCCCUUCGGCACAAGAGGACAAUGAUGAGGAGGGUGUGGUGGCCCGGCCUCGUCGGAAGUUGCGAAGAGGUCCAGCUCAGCCCGCAACGAUCGUUCUUGAUGAUAGCUCGGACGAGUCGGAUGAGCCUAUUGUUUCGUCCCCGGUAAAACGGCGUCGCCGCAACAUGAGCGUGGAAGAGCCUCAGACUCCGCGUCGCAACAGGAACCAAGAUCAACUUGAUCUAGAGGAGGAUUUGGAGGACCUUCAGGAUUCCGUUGUCACACAAUCUCGCACUCGAGGCCGAGUCGCAAAUUCGGCUAGGGCACAGAGACAAAAGCACUUAGAAGCACUGCGUCGACGCAGAGCCGGUCAGACAGAGACAGAUGAAGAGCAAUCAGAACCGAAGCCAGAUGAGACGGAAUCAUCCGAAGAUGACUCGAGCGAAGCCGAAGACGAAGAGGAAGAAGCUGUUCGACAACCCCAAAUCCCUUUCGCGAGAGAAGACAGCGACGUCGAGUCCGAGAUCGCCAGCAACGAAGACCUCGACCGCUAUGACAAAGACUUUGUUCUCGAUGACGAUGACGACGACAAACUCGGUGUCCCCGCCGGCCUCGACGAAAUGCCCAUCGAGUUCUCUCGACACUCCUAUAAGCAAUUGAAGGAUUACUUCCAAGACGCGGUGGAGUGGAUGGUGCUGAAUCAGCUCUUCCCCGCGUUCCCUCGCUCCAGCGCCAUUUACAAAGUUGCGUUCGAUAAAUUGGAGGACGAGGUCAAGGGUCGUACCGGCUCCCAACUCAUCUCUUCUGUCUGGAACGCCGACUUCUGUCGGGCCCUCAUGGCGCGGCCGCAUCUCGAAGAAACCACCUUCCCUACCACCGAGAACCAUCCCUGUGACGCAUGCAAACGAUCCGGUCAUCCCGCAUCUGCGGAUCUCAAAUUCUACGGCAAAGUGUAUUCCCUCGACACUUUGGAACCGCUCGCAGAUUCAGACAGCGAUAAGGAACAGUCCGACGAUGAAGAGGAAGAAGACGACGGUUUAGAAAGAGACAGGGACGGCCACGUCCUACCAGACGAAAACACCCGCUUCUAUCUCGGAAGACACUGCAAAGGCCGAGCCACAAUGGCUCACACGCUCACGCACUGGCGUUUCCACCUCAACGAAUGGGUCGUCGACCACCUCGCGCGUGUAGGACACGUCUCCGACGAAAAAGUCCUCGAACGCGGCCACUGGAGCCAGAAACGCAAAGCCAAAUACGCCAGCGAGGCGUUUCGUGAUAUGGUCGAGGGCGGCGAGGUCAAGAAGCUCUGGCGAGACUUCCAUAUCAACUUGAGAACGGCGAGAGAAUCUACGACUCUUGGAUGA